AUGGCGGAGCAAAGAGAAGGAUGCUAUCCUCGAGUGAAUGGAGAAAUGAUUCAAUCUCAGCAAUACAAUGGAGCCAUUGUCAGCAUUGUUGGCAAACUUGUCACCGUGGACACAUUGCAAGCAUCUGAUGGCACGACUGUUUCCGUCGACACAUCUCAAAUCGAAGGAGGUCUAAUUAAUAACCCUGACAUGGUGGUUGAAAUGAUCGGCCAAGUCGCUGACGCGACUAAUGUUACAGGAUUCGUCGUGCGAGAGCUUUCCGUGGACACAGACUUGGAUUUGUACAACCAAUUUCUUGCGCUUCAACAUUCUCCGACGUACUCGCAAUACUUUCCACAGACGGUAGUAGGUAUUUCGAGCAGCUGA